AUGAGCGUUUCAGAUAACUUUCAUGGUGUCAACCACCUCAGCACUUUUGAUAGACGUGAUGGCGUAGCAAGGCAAAGCAACAAAUAUGCAAUGCAAUGCAAGGUAGCAGUGGGGCGAGGGAACACAACGGAUGAAAAAAACAAGGCAACGAUGGGGGUCUAUUGCAUGGAGGCAAAAAUUGGGUGUACGAGAAUUGGCGCUCAUAGAAUAAUGCAUGAUGAAACU